AUGGAUCAGAAAUUUAUCUAAGCAAAAAGUCUCCAAGAAAAAUUGAAUUUGAUAUGGUCUCAAGACAGGAGAUUGGCUCCACUUGAACUGGAGAACUUAUACAAGAGCAUCCAUGCAGAAACACAACAUGGUUUCUAAAUAUUGGAUAAGGCAUUGGAUCGAAAUUUUGGCGGUCUUCUUCCAGACAAGGCCUCCUAUAGCAUGGAUUAUAAUGAGGGGGUUUUUAAGAGAAUUACAGAAUCUUUGGAUAACUUGGAAAUGGUUGGACUGUAUGCAAAGUAUGUAAUACAAAAUUGUCGUGUUGAAUCACAUCGACCCUUGCUCAAGCAAUUAGGAUAUGUGGCAGAGAGGUUAAUCAGAAAGUUUAGAUAAUAGGGGACCAUUGAAGAAAAAUUGUAAUUGAAUAAAGAAAUAGUGAUUGAUUUAGUGAGUAGAUUAUGUCCUAAAGACAUGACCUACAACCCAGAGUUGCUGCAACUAAUUUUGAAGGCAUAUAAAGAUUAUAAGGACGAUGAGUUGCUGAAAAGACUAGCUGAUUCUCUGAUUUAGCAAUGCAAAGACAAUGCGAAUUAGAAUAGUGACCAUGAUUGGUUGAUGCUGAUAUCCACUAUAUUUGAUUAAGCUAUUGAAUAAUAGGGAAUCUGCCUAUAUAUAUUAUUCAAAAAAAUUGGAAGCACUAAGUUGGGUCAUAUUAUUAGUCAACAUAGAAAUUACUUUUUAAUCAAUUACUUUGAUAAUCCUGACAAAUCGGUGAAAAUAUUUAAGGGACUUAUAAAAUACAGUAUUUUAAGCGAAAAUCUCUCAAUCUUGUAGGAAGUUACAGAUAUCCUGGAAGAGCAGAUGAAGCAGAAUAGUAACUAAAGCUGUUAUCUAAUAUUAAGUGAAAUAUAUUUGGAGGUCAUUCUACCGUUAUUAUUGCCUCAAUUGCAUUAGAAUACUAGCAUUCUGGAUCUCUUAUAAGUUUAUAUGAUUGGGAUGUCAAGACGUCAAGAAUAAUUAACUGAUGAUUACAUUACGAUUAUGUGCGACAGAUUGAGACUAGUAAUUGAUUUGAGAUAGAAUGAUAGAUCGAUUUUCGAUAAAAUAUAUGGAUUUAUGAAUGCUAUUCAUAAAAAGUAUUAAAAUAAAUUACUUCACCAUGAUUCAUUUUCUAAAUUACUCCAUAUUGCUAGAGAUAAAAGUUUCGAUUAAUUUAAUUAGAUAGAUCAUCCUGUAUGGGAUUGUCAAAAGUUGAAAAAUUUGAACUUUGAUGACUCUUUGUAUGACAGACCCAAUCAUGACAAUUAUGUGGGAUUGGAGAACCUUACCAACACUUGUUUUAUGAAUAGUAUAUUGCAAGCUCUUUACAUGACUGAUAGAUUUAGGUAAUUCAUUUUAAUAAACUCAAUACCUGAAGCCAAACAAUACAAUGCCCUAAGAAAAUUGUUUAUGUUAUUGAAUUUUUAAUAGUCUGGAUUUUGUUCACCCUAUGAAUUAAAGAGAUUGCUUAGAGCUCCAUAUUGCAAUUCAAAUGACCAACAGGAUGUUGGAGAAUUUGCACAUCAUUUUUUAGAAGAUCUCCUUAAAUACAUUCCAAAAGAAUAAUAGGAGAUAUUGGAGAGAAUCUUCUUUGGAACGCAUAGAUCAGUUAUUGAAUGUCCGAAUUGUGAUGUUUCAUUUGGCCAGAUUGAAAAGUUUUUGGGAAUUGAUUUGCAUCUAAAUAAAUAUACUGAAUUGAAGGACAUGAUUGCAUAGGUCUACGAAGAGGAGAAAAUUGAAUUUACGUGUGAGAAGUGUUAGCGAAAAUCAAAUGACAUAAAAAAAUCUAUAUAAUUGAAUGAUUUACCCCCUGUCUUAUUUAUGACCAUUUAAAGAUUUUAAUAUGAUGCUCAAUCGCAAUAAAUGACUAAGAUCCUGGCCAAGGUACCUCUCAGGUUUUUAAUUGACAUGAGAGAAGUAUUCCAACAACAACAUCUGGAUGCCAUGGAUAGUUAAUAUAUUUUAUACGCAUUCAUCGUUCAUUUAGGAAAAAACAGUUACUCAGGUCAUUAUUCUUGCUAUGCAAGAUCUAUGUCUAAACCAGAAACUUGGAUUUGCUUUGAUGAUGCUCAGAUUAAUAAAUAUGAACUAUCAAGUGAAGAUCUAAAUUCGUAAUUGAUUGAUGAAGAGACUCCAUAUUUACUCUUCUACAAAAAUAAAUCUGGUCACUAUUUAAGUAUCAAUAAAUGA